AUGGCGGCCUUGACUCCAUCUCUCUAUCGUCCACACUCUUUCUCGUCCGUGUCGUCUUCGCUGUUGUCUCCGUUAUCGCAUCACAGUCCUUUGGCACGCUCAUUGUCUGCUGCUCGCUGCUCCCCCGCACGUCUCCCGCAUCGGCAUUCGCACGUCCAAUCGUUCUCCCAAUCCCCCACCAUCGUUUACCAGUCUUCUGGGAAAUUUUUCAAGCUGGCUCCCUCCGGCUCACGUCCAUAUUCCCAAGCUACAAGUCGGCUGAGUCUGAUCUCCCGACACUUGGAACAACAUCAACAGACUUCUUACCCUCGCAUCAACACUCCGUACACAGUCGAGCUCGACUCGUUGCCGGCGGCCACAGACGACAUUCCCUACGUGCCCCCCGCGGUCCCUGCGCAGCUUACUCGAACGCCCGCUCAAACUCAGAAACGUCAACUAUCGACCUCAUCUGCCGCCAAAAUGUCCUCGCAGCCUCCUCAUGCCUCCCUCCUGAUCCCGGGGCCAAUCGAGAUCACCGAUGAAGUCUCACAGGCCAUGAGUCACUAUGCGCAAUCCCACGUCGGACAGCCAUUCGUGAAUACCUUCGGCGAGACGCUUACGCUGCUGAGAGAUCUAUUCCAGACCACCAACCCAGCUUCUCAGCCGUUUGUACUGGCAGGAAGCGGCACUUUGGGCUGGGAUCUCGUGGCAGCCAACCUGGUCGAGCCGGGUGAAGAUGUCUUGGUAUUGCACACUGGCUAUUUCGGAGACUCUUUCGCAGACUGCCUGGCCACCUACGGCGCAAAGCCUACGCAAUUGAAAGCUCCCAUUGGGGACAGGCCCCAACUGCCCGAGAUUGAGGCCGCACUAAAAGAGAAGAAAUACAAGGCCGUGACGGUUACACAUGUCGACACCUCUACCGGAGUGCUCUCCCAGAUCCAGCCUCUUUCCGAACUCAUCCGGCGUGUGUCUCCCGAGACCCUUCUAGUUGUUGACGGUGUCUGCUCCGUGGGCGGAGAAGAGAUCCAUUUUGAUAAGAUGGGCAUUGACGUGUGCUUGACGGCCUCCCAGAAAGCCAUCGGCUGCCCUCCCGGCCUGUCGAUUUUGAUGGUUUCAGAAAAGGCUAUGAACGUCUUCAAAUCGCGCAAGUCCAACCCUGGAAGCUACUAUGCUAGCUUCAAGAACUGGGUACCUAUCAUGCAGAACUACGAGGCAAAGAAACCCUCGUACUUUGCCACUCCACCCACACAGUUGGUCCAAGCCCUCAACACGUCCCUCAAGCAGAUUCUCUCACAGCCUCUCGAGACCCGCUUCGCUCAACACCGCAAGGUGAGCGAAUAUGUCAAGUCAAAAGUCGCAAGCCUGGGUCUCAAGCAGUUAGCGACGGACCCGGCCAACGCAGCCAAUACCAUGACGGCAAUUUAUUUACCCGAGGGGCUGACUCCCCCGGAGAUCCUCCCCAAGCUGAUGUCCCGGGGAGUUAUCUUUGCGGGUGGCCUUCACCGGGAGAUCGCGGCGAGAUACAUUCGUUUUGGUCACAUGGGCGUCUCAGCCAUGGAUGAGUCGAGAGGAGAGAUCGACAAGGCGCUCGAGGCGUUGAAGGACGGUUUGGCAGAGGUGGCAAGUGCGAAAAGCAAGUAA